AUGAAAGAUUCCGACGGGUCGGAUCUGUUCGACCACCGCGCAAUCAUGGACGCCGAUUUCUCGCUCGCGGGCAGCGACCAUAACUUCGAGUUCGCCUUCAACUCGAGCAAUUUCUCGGAUCGGGUGCUGCGGAUUGAGAUCAUGGCUGACCCGCCGGAGAGCAAAUCCGACGGUGAGGGCUGCAACAGCAUAGCCGAGUGGAGAAAGAGGAAGCGAAGAAGAGAGGAGAUCAAGAAGGAUGAAGGUUUGAUUAUUUAUUCCCUUCCUUCUCUUUUGCCUUUCGCUUUCUACCAUUUUUAUCUUCACUGGUGAUUACCCCCCCAGCAAGUAUCGUUAAUCAACGAAAAUAACAUGGAACCGGAACUACAGUUCAACCCUUUCGCAUCGAUAUCAUUUCUGACAUCCGGCCGAUUUAAAUUUAAUAAUUUCGUUCCUAUCUUUCUUGAAAUGAUCCGAAUUUUCACUAAACAAUAUGACAGGUGCCGUUGAUUUUAUAGUUUUCUCGCCCCAAGCUUGUUCAGGGUGGUUAGUCAUUCGAUAACAUGUUUCCGUUGGUCGCGUUCAAUUGUAAAGUUGGCUAAAGUUUGUUAUCGAAUCGUAGACGUCUAUCUCUUAUUUGACUUACCAUUCAGAAAAAAUUGAGACAUUAUGCUGGGGAGACAAUCGGAAUUUUCAUGAUUCCCAGAUUGAUGUAAAGGGGAAAACCAGAAAAAAAGUGGAUCGAUUCAGACUGGUUAAAUUUGUUAACCUGCCGUCUGCGGUAAUGUCCGUCGUUCUUUAAUUUUGGUUUUUGGGCAGAUUGGAGCUAUUAAGAGUAGUGAAUCGAAAAAAUAAUCCCUCCCACGAGCUUCGGGUGGUUUUAGUUGUCAUCGAAUCUGAAACCAAUCAAUACCAACGAGGCUUCUUUAAUCCCAAAUAUUUAUUGCAAGACACUUGCAUUUUGGUCGUUACCCCUUGAAGACACCGUGGUUUUCAUUUCGUCGAGCUUGAAAUUUCCUGAGUCGAAUCAAGGGAAUCUUGACAUGACUUCAAGGACUUUGAUCUGUACCAUUCCGGUCCUUUUUUCCUUGCGCUGCAGUGGUCUGUUUUGUUUUUUGCCUAACUUUCACCUCUGUUGAUGAUUAUCAUUUUCUCGGAGUCAUUCAUUCACUAAUGAUAUCUGACUUUCAUCACUAUUUCAGUCAUUUAUUGUCACCUGAAUAGUUUUACUCCAUAAACAUUAAAGUUGAUGGUAUUGCUCUCUCUCUUGUUAGCAUUGGCUGUGUAGUUUUUGCUCGUCUAACAGUCGGCGUUAGGAAGAAUAGACAUUUCCUAAUAGUUCUUAUGACGAUGUAACAGUCAUUCGAUGGGCAUGAUAUUUCUGUAGUCACUCGGAAAAUAGCUUAAUUAACUCUGAGUACAAGCUUAAUGUUACUGAGAGAAUUAUUUCUUAUUAACAGAUUAUUCUCAGUUUCAUAUUUCUAUUUGAACAUUUUAAAAUUUAAAUAUUGUUAACAUUUUAUGCUUUAUUCUUUACUCAGUCCAUCGAUUUUGAGAGGAGAGUGGUUGCUGUUCUUCAAGACGAAGAUGUUAUUUCCAUGGCAUUUGAUAUUUCUGCUUGCUAACAACAACUUUUCUCUUCUUUAGCUGCAGUUUUUGACGUGUGCAGUUCAGAACAGAUUUUGAAUUUAAACCUCCCUGAUUCGGAUGAAGGCUUGGUGUACGAAAAUCAUGAAGAAGCAGUGGCGAUGUUAGAGGAAUCUCCAUCAGGUUUUAAUCAAUAACGAAAAAUUAUCUGAUUUCCUUUUCGUGUUAUCACAAACUCGCCCUUUUUCUAGAAUUACCUACUCAGCUCCCAUGUAAGUGAUUUAUACCGAAAAAACCAUUGAUUUUAAUUAUUUUUGAGUGGGAUUCUUGGAGAACCAUUUGAAUUUUUAUUGCGAUUUGAUCUGCUUCAUUUUAAAAAUCUCCAAACAAUGAAUGUGAACCAUUGAAAAUUUCACAUCCCAUAUGUACACGUUCAACUUAUCCUGUAAAUUCUACCAUUGUCACAAGGGUUUCAUUUUUCUGUUAAUGCUUGUUCCCAAAUUAUUAUUCUAGUAAUCCGGUGCCUUUUUUAUGCACAUGAUCUUUGGUCGGAUCAUCUGGUUAUAUUGAACUGGGAUCGGCAUGACCUAUGUCUGUUACGGAAUCCCUUUUCUAGACUAUUGUCUUACACUGAUAUCCCCUCAAUCCCUACAAUGAAGGAAUAGGAAAAUGGUUUCAAUUGUGUGUGAAAUGGUUACCUCUAUCAUAAAUUUUUUUUGGUGUGUGGUGGAAGGCUGCUUAGUGAUACAGCAGAGCUCUUUAGGGUGUGGAAUGGUUAUUUCGUACAAAAAUAGUUGCAUUUUUUGAUGCUUUACUGGAUAUCUGUGUUUUCUUUCAUUGUAGGUGAUGAUGAGGCCGGGGAGGGCAAUGAAUCAUCGUGGAGUAUGGACUGUUCGACUAUUCUUAGAGUAAAAUCUAUGUUCAUUAGUUCAGCUAUCCUUGCAGCAAAAAGCCCUUUCUUUUACAAGGUAAUGAUGAGACUUUCCUUGGUGGGAAAACAGAGACAUAUGAAGGCCAGUGGAAGCCUAAUGCCUUCCUUUCCUCCGUUUGUAUAGCUCUUCUCAAAUGGUAUGCGUGAAUCAGAUCAGAGGCAUGCAACUUUGCGAAUUAAUGCCUCAGGUGAGUUUGAGAGGAGCUUCUUGUUUUCGUAUCGUUACUCUCAUCCAGUUUUUAUUCUAUUUUUUCUUUUGGGAAAAUAAGUUGAUGUAAGGCAUAAUUGGUUUUCUUCGUAUUACAUUCUUAGUUCGCUUUACAUCAAUUUUUAUAUUUCAAAAUUUAGAAUUUAGGUUAAUAUGUAGACAGUGAAUAUUCCACUUAAAGAAAGCAUGAGGACUGCAUUUUGAUAUUGCUGAUAGUCCAAAAAUAACCGGAUCCUUAAUAGAAAAAUGUGACAAUGUGCUAGAAAAAAAUCGAAAUUUGUCGCAAAGGGCCAUGCCUUGUGAAUCCGCCUGAAUGGUGUAUCGUGCAAACAGUAUCCAAGUCUGUUUUUUUCAUUCUGUGUUCUCCAUAUGAUUUCCAUUAUAAUUGGCCUCAAAACUCUUGUUGAAUUUUCAGCCUCAAGUAACUGUGCAUCUUUGUUCUCAUAGUACCUUCGAUUUAUUCUUUAUAAAGGUUUUUUUUCUUAAACAUGAUUAAAAUGUCUACAGACGAACAGUUCCAUAACCUUUCUCCUUUGCUUCAUCUUUGAGUAACGCCAACCGCUUUUAUAUUUUUAAGUUAUUGAUACUUAAUUCAUAUUCAAUAAUUUUAAGUUUUUGAUUGCAAAUUGCUCAUGAGACAUGUAGACGCCCAAGGCAUUUAGGUCACCACGACGAGAUUUAUGAUUGCGAAUUCAUAUGAAAAUGCUGAAUACUCGUAUACUGUAAUAAAAUAUAUUUAUACUUAAUUCAUAUUCAUUAAUUUUAAGUUAUUGGUUACAUUUAACAUAUUUUGGAGUAUUCUGAUGAGUUUAUAGUAUAAUGCUUAAAGCGUUUAGAUCUGUAUUUUUGAAUUCUUAAUUGUGCUGUUUUAGUGCAUAAAGGUCUUCAUUUUGUUUUCACUUUUAUCGGUAAUUAGUUUAAAUUUGAAAGUAAUUUUUUACAUAUGUUUAAAAUUAAGCCUCACAUAGGUGGCACCAAUGUUCUCAGAUCACCACCCUGACAUAGUUACAAAUCUUGAUCACCUUUAGGUGGAUUGAUAGAGUGAACUUCAUCCUUUAUGAUGAGGAAGAACAUGUUCCUCACUUUGGACGUUUGGGUUCUGAUGAUUUGUCUUGCUCAGACAUAUUUGUGAAUAUCACUGUUACAAUGAGAAGUUGAGCAUAAUAUAAUGCCCAAUCAGUGUAGUUGUGGCUUUGCUAUUUAUUGUUUAAGAAUUUGGGUUGGUCUUGACUAAUUGAACUGGCAUGCACUUUUGGUCCAUCGUCCGAUGUAGAAGCAUCCUCGAGGGUUUUACAGCAGUAGGGGGGAAUAAUCAAUCUGUUGUACAAUUGAUUCCUAAGCCUUGCUUGGUUUUUAUUUACCUACCCGCUUCUAUAUAAUUUCGUGACUGUACCCUGGUCUGCCGUCCUAUGAUGAUGAUGAUCAUCAUCAUCAUUAUCAUCGUCAUCAUCAUCCAGGAGAAAGGAUGAGAUCACCCAGACUAAUUUCAUGGCUGGCUGUUUAUGCAACAGAGGAAGCUGCUCUCAUGGAGCUCCUGAGCUACAUGUACAGCGGAAAGCUGUCGACGAACAACGCUCCUGCUUUGUUGGACGUGCUGAUGGCCGCCGACAAGUUCGAGGUCGCCUCGUGCAUGAGGCACUGUAGCAAGUUGCUGCGCAACUUGCCGAUGACGCCGGAGUCGGCCCUGCUCUAUCUAGAGCUCCCUUCCAGCGUCUCCAUGGCCUCCGCCGUUCAGCCGCUGACCGACGCCGCCAAGGAGUAUCUGGCCACCCGCUACAAGGACAUCACCAAGUAAGUCGUCGUCAUCGUCGUCGUCCUCCUCCCAUGAACCAGCAGAAAAGUACUGAUGGGUGUGCUGAACCAGGUUCCAAGACGAAGUGUUGGCGCUGCCCCUGGCCGGAAUCGAGGCCAUCCUGAGCAGUGAUGACCUGCAGGUGGCCUCGGAGGACGUGGUCUACGACAUCGUCCUGCGGUGGGUCCGCGCGCAGUACGCGCAGGCAGAGGACCGGCGGGAGGUGCUCGGGAGCCGCCUGGGCCGGCUGAUCAGGUUCCCCCACAUGACCUGCCGCAAGCUGAGGAAGGUGCUGACCUGCGCCGACCUAGACCACGACCUGGCCACCAAGGUCGUCCUGGAGGCCCUCUUCUUCAAGGCGGAGACCCCCCACCGGCAGCGGGCCCUGGCCAUGGAGGAGACCGCCGCCAGCCAGCGGCGCUUCGUGGAGCGCGCCUACAAGUACCGCCCCGUGAAGGUGGUGGAGUUCGAGCAGCCGCACGCGCAGUGCAUCGUCUACCUGGACCUCAAGCGUGAGGAGUGCGCCAACCUGUUCCCCGCGGGGCGCGUGUACUCGCAGGCGUUCCACCUGGGCGGGCAGGGCUUCUUCCUCUCCGCGCACUGCAACAUGGACCAGCAGAGCUCCUUCCACUGCUUCGGGCUCUUCCUUGGCAUGCAGGAGAAGGGCUCCGUCAGCUUCACCGUCGACUACGAGUUCGCCGCGCGCACUCGGCCCGCCGGAGACUUCGUCAGCAAGUACAAGGGCUUCUACACCUUCACCGGCGGCAAGGCCGUGGGCUACCGCAAUCUCUUCGCCAUCCCCUGGACUUCCUUCAUGGCCGAGGACAGCCUCUACUUCCUCAACGGCGUGCUCCACCUGCGAGCUGAGCUCACCAUCAAGCAGCAUCCCCAGCCACCGCCGCCGCCGCCUCCUCCUUCUCACUGA